GCGUCCCUUCAGUAGCCUACAACCCUCGGAAGAGACACGGCUUCCUCGCCUCUUCUCCUGUUCUCCACGAUCACGCGUCUUGAAAAAACCUCGGCUUGCAAACGGAGUCAUGUUGUCGCCGGUCGCCACGCAGGUGCUUCUCCUCGCCAUAACAGCCGGGUGUUGUGUGGGGCUGCGCGAAGUCCGCGUCGUGGUGCCGCCCGACGUCCGCCAUGGCGAGGACGCCGUCCUACAGUGUCUGUUCGACUUGGAGGGCGACUCGCUCUACUCGGUCAAGUGGUACAAGGGGCAGCACGAGUUCUACAGGUUCACCCCGAAGGAGACGCCAUCGAUGAAGAUCUUUCCGCUGCAAGGAAUCAAGAUAGACCAACGUCGUUCGAACUGGUCGCAAGUGGUGCUCAAGCGGGUGGUGCCGGCUCUCUCGGGACGCUACAGUUGCGAAGUGUCUGCCGACGCACCGUCCUUCCACACGGCGCUCGUCAGCGGCGACAUGGACGUCGUUGACCUGCCUCCUAAGCAGCCACAAAUCACAAACGUCAAGUCGCGAUAUCGGCCGGGCGAAGUUUUGCACGGAAACUGCUCAUCUCACAGUUCGAGGCCGGCGGCUAAUCUCACCUGGAUAAUCAACGGUCACAUGGCGAAAAACAGCCAGCUGAUAAGGUACCCCAAGAUCAAAGAGCCGCACGACAAAGAGACGACGACUUUGGGUCUGCGAUUUUUAGUCGAGCUGCGCCACUUCACGACGGGCCGCCUGAAAAUCCGCUGCUCGGCCAGCAUCGGCAACCUCUACUGGCAAAGCACCGAGAAGAGCAUCGAGGAGGAAAAACCCAAGCCACCCCAACCGCCGGCCACCCCGAGUCCCGCCUACGGAAACGACGUCUUGGACUCGGAUUUCAAAGACACGAACCGGCGGUGGCCCAACAGCGAGGUUUAUCUGCCAGAGGAGCAUCAGCGGUCAGUGGACGAGACGAUGGCCUCAAGCAAGGCCGUUGUCAGGGCAGUGGUGGCCACACCGAUAUGCUCGCUGCUAUUCCUGUUGGCGAGCAGAUGAAUUUACCGCGAACGACAACAGAGUUAAAAAGCGUCAGUCGGCCGAGGCUCGUAAAUCAUCAAACGCGGUUGUUCUCCCUUCGAUUCUCUCAACUCGAUCUCCUCUACUCCAGUGCGGCACAUCCCACAACAGUUUGUUCGUGUGCGCCCGCAACAACAGCUACAUUCCCUGCAAACACUCCGUAAUUGAAAACUCCCAGUUUAUAUGCUUUUUUUCCAUUUUUUUAAAUGAAGCCAACUUGCUUUAAUCAAUGUAAAAAGUAAAACAUUUUUUUCCAUUUUUUGUUUGAACAUUUAAUACGAUAUAGGCUGUAUAGUUUCUUAAUUAUUGAUACAUCACAUUUUUGAACGCUGCAUUUCUAUUGGUGCUCUUUUUUAUUUCAAUCAAUUAUUUUUUUAUUGGGAAGUGGAGCACGCACGCAUAUAAACUCUGCACUCUCCCGUCAGGUAAUUAAUUAGCAUUAAUUAAUUAAAUGCAAUACCGCUGAAAACCACAGGCGCCGCUGCUGUUGUAACUGAUUUGCGCUCUGUUAAUUCUGUGCACAGAAGAUAAAUUUAAUGCAAAGCCGGAUUGUGCCAUUUUUCAUCUCUCGAAAAAGCAUUUUGAUGAAUUUGCGAAUAAAUCAUUGAUUAAAAUAAAUCAACACUAUUUGGAGCAAAAAAAAACAAGCACAAAAUAAUUUUUAUGAACACUUGGCUUGCACCGAGUGCGUCGAAUUAUUCAAUAACCGUGGGACACGCCAAGGAUAAAAACCUCUGGAUGUAAAAAUUUUCCAUAAAAGAGAGAAUUUAAUGGACAACUUUGUAGGACUCGUGCAGAGAGUUAAUAAGAAACAUAUAAUAUAUAAAGAAAAAAGUGAAUGUUAAUAACUCUUUUUGAGAACAUGUGAUGACGUACUAAUAAAAAAAUAUUCUCUCUUCACUGUGCUGAUGCCGAUAUUGUGAAAGUGCGUGUGAAUGGCCAUUGUUUCUAUUUUCACGAGCGGACAAAGGGGGGCGAAUGAUUGUUCGUUUUUACAAUUGAUGGACUCAAAAAGUGAUUUAAACAUUUGGAAAAAAGUGCAGUGAUCUGAAAAAGUCUUCGGUGGUGAGAAACGCAAAAGAAGCAAUUUGUAUGAAGAGAGAACAGCACCUUGUAAGUUAAGAUUGCUUAAAUGGAACCUCACGCUAUGACUCAAUUGAUGUCUGUGAUAUUAAAAAUUGAAGAUAUGUGCCGGUGUAAUUCUAUUUGCCGUGGAAUCAUUAAAUUAAAUUCAUCUAAAGCAACAGUGUUCAAAUAAUAAUUGAAUUUUUAAGAGUUAUUUUAAAACUUGUUACUAUUUUGUUACUUAAUUUCAAGCUGAAAAUAUUUUAUAUCAAUAUAAAAAGACUUGAUUUAUAUACCUGUAUUUACGUCAACUCUUUGUGGUGCGUUUUAAUUAUAAAUAAGCUUUCCAUUACUUUUACCUCUUACAUAUUUUUUUUCUUGUCGCAUUUAUCUUUUUUUUAUAAUAAAUAAGUUAAAUAAUAUUUAAAUAUUUAUUUCAUAUUUUAAUAUUUGAUUUUUCGCUUCUCCAAAGUUUUUUUAAACAGAGUGCAUGGCAAAGCGUGAAACUGCUAAUAAAAGUGCGAUGAUAUUAAUUAUUACGAGCAAAAACACAUUGUAAAUGAAUGUUUUAUUGAAACCAAGAUUUAGUGUAAUGUUAAGAGUACUCCAUUCAAUAAAAAG